CACUGGCACACAGAAGCGGACAGCAUGGCGUCGAGCCCAGAUGCAGCAGCUACAGGCUACGAGUGGAAGAAGACAUCUGCCCCCUCGUGCUAUCUUGACAAGGGUAAAGGCAAGUGGCGGCUUAGGCUCAACUUCACAUCCCGGAAGGGAGAGAAGCCAAACAAAGAGGAAGUACGGGCCCACGUGCGACUCGCAGGAGGAAGCGCUUGCGGGCAGUGAAGCCUUCAGGGUUAGCUGGAAGUUCAGCCACCGUGGUCACCCCUUCAACCCUAGCAAUAAAUAUCUCCCAAGCUCAGUAUCUGCUGCGGCGGACACUACGCUU